AUGUUUUGGAGCGUUUAUAAUAACAUACCUGAUAUUCAAGAGCUUAAAAAAAAGUAUAGCUAUCAUUUAAUGCGUGGAGAAAGAAGGCCAGUUUGGGAAGAUGAAGCCAACUGUAAAGGAGGAUCAUGGCAUCUUAAGGCAUACAAACAAGACUCUCCAUGUGUAUGGAAAGAACUGCUGUUAGCUGCUAUAGGAGAACAAUUUGCAGAUUGUGUUGAAGAAGGUGAUGAUGUUUGUGGAGUUAGUGUGACUGUUCGAGAAAAAGAUGAUGUCAUACAAAUAUGGAACAGUGAUGGCACCAGAAGUGUUCCUCAAAAUAUUAUGAAAAAAGUUUAUGAGCUUGUGCCAGGAGUGAGAUUUAGUACUGAAUAUUAUAGACCUCAUUUUACUCAUAGAGCAUAUGAAGGGGAAAAAGGUGUUGGAUAUUGAUGUUAAUAAAAGUAUAGUGUUUAUGCAAGUUCAAUAUAUGCUUAUCAAAUUUAACGUUGAAGUAAAAAAACAUUGUUGAACAUUGUUUUGAAAAUGUUCUUCAGACCUCAUGAGUUUAAGGAUAUACAUGUCUUGAGUCAGUUAUUUUGUUCAGUAAAAUAUAUAUAUAUAUAUAUAUUAUAUCAUGUGUAUUCUUUAUGAUAUUUCAUUUUUGAAGAACAAACAACCAUAAAUUGUUUUAAAUCAUGUUUUGAAUGUCUGCUGCAAAACAACUUUUUUAACUAGAUUAUUUAUUUUGUUAUAUUGUGAUUUUUCAAACUUAAUUCAGAAAAAUGUAUUUUUCAUGUUUAACAUUUCUGUGUCAAAUUUUGAACUAUAGUUUUGAAAACCCAAUAUAACAACCCCUGUUAUCUCUGCAAAAAUGGAUUCUCUGUGGAAAAAUAUCGUGAGUGUAUAAAAUAACAUAAAUAUAAACUUAAAGCUAAAUAGAAAAUUAACUAAUUUUAAAAAAUCAAAUUUAAAACUAAAUGGAAAAUUGAUUAAGUUUAAAGAAGCAAUGUUUUUUUUUUUUAAAUAGGAAUUUGGUACUAACAUAACUGAUGAUGACACAACUUGUUUUUUCUAUAAUAAUAUAUGGGUACAAAACGUUCCCUUAAACAUUUUAUGCAUUAAAAAUACUACGCUGGUUUGAGGUGAUCACUAACUGAUGUCAAGAUACCUGCAAAAUAAAUUAUUUUAUCUAUAAAAAAAAAUACUCAAGAGGAUUAACAUUUCACAAAAAGAAUAAUUGAAAGUUUUAAAUGAGAAAAAUAUAAUUGAUAAAUUGUAAAAAAAAAUUACGCAGAUUGUAUAUGUUAUAAUAAAAUAAAUUCUUUGUUAUAAUAAAAAAAAUUACAGUUAAAAUAAUUUCUUUGAAACAUUUGCUGAAUCAAAUGAAUACAAUUUGGUUACUAUAUCAGAAUAAAUGGCUUCAUUCUGAGGAUUUAAUGGGCUUUAAAAUAACAUUGCGUGCAUCAAAUUACAAUUGAGACUUUAUGCAUCUGUUGGUGUAAUCCAAGUAUUGCUGUAAUUGAAAAUCAUACUAAGGAGCAUUGUUUUUUCAUAUUUAAUCAUUGUUUAAUUCAAACUCAUGCAAUAAUAUUUAAUGUGGAAAUUUAUUAAUGUUUUUCCAGAUAUUUUGCUUCUUAUAUUUUCUUGUUAACCAAAUACAGAUAUUUUUUAUUUAUACUCUGUAUUUUUGCUGUGCGCAUUUUAGAAUGUGAAAUUUAAGUACAGAAAAUUAAUAUAUAUUUAUUGAAUUGUUUCUUUCUUUGGUGCACUUAUUUUUUUGAAAGGUAUUAACUAUUUCAAUUAAUGUCAAGAGAUUUUUAUUGCAUACAUAUAAAAUAUGUAAUUUGAAUGUAAAAAUUUGUAAAGGGAUCUUCCUUUAAACAGUUUUGAUAUGAAAGAGUAGAUAAUUAUUCAUUAUUGGUAUACAUGUAUAGUUAAAAAAUUAUUACUGAUUAAAUCACUUGUAACUUAAACCUCACUUGAACACAAUAGAAUGAAACAUUUCAAAUUUGGCAAAAUUUAUAUGUUUUGAGAAUAAUUUAUUGCAAAUAUUUUUUUGAGAAUUUUGUAAAAUACUUUUAAAUAUUAGCAACCAUCUGUCUUUUUAUGGUAGAUACUUUUACUUAGAAUUCAGUUAUAUAGAUUUAUUUUACUAUAUAUUACAUAGGAUACAAUUAUUUUUCGUAGUUUUUACAAAUAUAAAUAAUGAAAUAGCAAUAAUGCAUAAAAGAUUCUUUUACAUGUGAGAAUGUUUUUUUUGUUAAUUAUCUGUUGAUUGCAAAUUAAUUAAUUUUCAUUAUAUUUUUCUAAGAAAGCAGUUAUUACUAAUAUUUUAGAAUGACAAAUAUAUUUGAAAUAACAAAUAUAUUGCAUCAAAAAUAAAUUAAUUAAUGUGUUAAUAUUAAAUAAAUUUUAAAACAUGACCCAUAGUUUGAGGAUGUGGAUUAUUCAAAGCAUAAUUCUUUUCGUUGCUAAAUCUUAUAAGAAAAAGUCAAAUGAAUGCUUUUUCAAUGCAACAAUGACCUUAUUUUUUGUAUUAUGUUGAACAAAGUAAAUUACUUUUUCAAUAAUGCAGGUACAAAUCUUUAAGUUUCAUCAAGCAAUAAAAUUCAAACUAAAUCGUUUUCUUCAUGCUUUAAGUUAUGUUUUGCAUUAACAGUGUUGGUUUCUAAGAAUACCAUCAGUGCUUACUAGUUAAUAAACUAGUAAGCAAAUCCAGAGAUGGUCUUUUCAAAGAGUAAUUAACUUCAUAAGCUUAUUUGAGGACCCGGUGUCAAAAAGUACACUCCAUUUAAAAUGUUAUUAAAAGUUACUUCUGCUUCUUUUGAAAUCUUGUUUUUUCUUCUAUUUUUUACAAUAUUUUCUAAUGAAAUUAAAAUUUUAUUGUAAUUUGCAAACAAAGUUCUGCUCUCACCAUUUCCUUCUUUCCUUCUCACUCAGGUUUAAAGUGUUUAAAAACUACAAUAGUAAUUUUUAUUUUAAAAAUUCUUUCUCUCUUCCCCUUUGUGUUGACAAAAUUUUAAAAGAAAUUCAAAAUCUUAUUAAGAUAUAAAAUUGUUAAUUUCUUAUCUAAAGCUUCUACACAUUGCAUACACUUGGCGUUCAGAAGCAGCAUAGAGUUAGCUGUAAUCCAUAAAAAAAGCAGUGUAAUAGAACAAUUAAACAAGACACUUAGUUCUAAUGGAUUUUUCACACUGCUUUCCAUCACACUUUAAAAUUAACUCCAGCAUUUAUUGUAUAUAAUCAUGCUUAGUCUUGCCACAUGAUUUAUUUUUUCAUCAAACUUAAUAACUUAUAGCAAUAAUUCUCUUGACGUCCAAGAAUUGAUUGCUAAUAAACUAAAGCCUAUCCCAGAUCACUAGUAACAUAUACAAAAUAAACAUAGAGUUUGUAAAUAAAAUUAUUUAUUUACAUAAAUUUAGCGAUAAGAAAUCUUUAUGUAUUAUAAACAUAUUUGUUAAAUAAAUUUGUCCAUGUGGCUAAAGUAACAUUAUAAAUCAAGGCAAGUACAUUUUAUAAGUAAUUCAAAAAUUAGUUUAUUGUGAUCACAGACUUUAAUUUAUAUAUAAAAANAUAUAUAUAAAGUUUAGAGCUGAACUGUAUUGAGUAAUCAAAGAAAAGAAAGUUAUAAGCAAGGGAAUAUUAGUUACAUCUUAUCUUUCUUUGUAAGCCUACUUCUUCUCUACUUCCUUUCGCUCUUUCUCUUCUCCAAAAACCCUGCAAAGGCAUCUUCAGCUUUUUUAUUGGUUAAUCCACUACUGAAAAAUUUGGGGAUGAGUAAUGACUAUUUUUCAGAGAAAGGCCAUCCCAAAAUUAACUUCCAAGAUAGUAAGAGGACUAAGACUCAUGAAAAAAGAAACUAAACAAUUCGGAUUUAGUAUAGCAAUGUAGAGAAGUGCAACAAGGGAAAAACUCAACAUGAAAUAGUAGUAAAAAUUUAAAUGAUAAACUGGCUGGAACACUACCUACCUGUAUAAAAAUAAUUCUUGUACCGGAAUGUAGUGAAGAAGUCUUCCCCCCCCCUCCAUUCAUUAGAAACAUAUAGUGAAAUAAUUACUGAUCCAACAACCUUAAAAAGCAAAUCAUAGCAGUAACUGUUAAAAGUGCUCAUGUUCUGAUAUAAUAAGCGCAUUAUUUAAAAAUUGAAAGUACAAAUUUUCUUAUUUGUUCCAAUAAAAAUUAAGUAAAUUUUCAGUAGCUACUUAAAUAUUUAUUAAUUACCUUAAAUUUAGUAAUUAUUUGUAUGUAAAUUUUUUAGUUUUAUAUCAGUCACGUAAGUGGAAAGUACAGUGUUUCUAUGUGUUAAUUAUCAUCUUGAUGUAAAGCCACUAAUUUUGAACUUAACAAAGGAUAUUGAAAUGGGAAUUAAACUAUGUACUUUUCUUAAUAAUUUAGAACUAAAUUUAUCUUCAUAUGUGUGAAGUAAUUUGCAUGAUAUAGUUUUGUAAUUCUGCCAUUUUUUUUAUCAACUCUGUAUGUAUAUUAAAGAGCCAUUCUCACUGAAUGCAGUUUAGGCACCUUCGAUUGCUGUCAAGGAAAUAUGAGUGCCUGAUUGUUAUAAUAUAUUUCUUUGUGAAAAACUCGCUAAUCAGGUUAUCUUUUUCUCUAAGCAGGAAUCAUAGUUGUGGCUACCACAUGCAAUGAGGAUGCUCUCUAAGGCUGCUUGUUACAAAAUACAGUAUAUAUAUACUAUAACGAAAGUAAGACACCCCAGGCUAUCACUAGUAGCCUAUUCAUGUAACUAGUGCAAUAUUAACUACCAAAUUAAAUCAACUUUCUGAUGUGCUUAAAAGAUUUUUUAAUCAUUAUUUUUAAUCUUUAUCAUAAAAAUAAUUCAUUUUAA